CCGAGCGCGGGGGACGCCGGGGGCGCGUGGAGGCCUGAAGCUGCCCUCCGGACGCGGCCCUGAUGACUGAACUACCGCAAGAUGUGGAAGACACAAAGCCUGCCAAAGCGCUCGGGAAGAGAGACAGCAGAGUUGGCUCAGCGCACUCAGAGGCUGAGAAUGGUGUGGAGGAGAAAAAGAAAGUCUGCAGGUCACCAACAGCCCAGUCCCCUACUCCCUCCGUGGAGGCCGAGUCCCCAGACCAGAAGAGAAUCAUUUGUUUGCGGUCAAAAUCCAGUUUCGAAGGUACCUCUUUAGGUGAUAAGAAUGACUGUAAAGCAGAAAGCAAAAAUGACUCUAAGACUGAAAGGAAAAAGUCUUCGUCUUCCAGCCAGUAUAAGGCAAACAUGCACUUUCACAAGUUGUUUCUUGAUGUCCCGACUGAGGAACCACUGAAACAAAGCUUUACCUGUGCCCUACAGAAAGAAAUACUAUACCAAGGAAAGCUCUUUGUAUCAGAAAACUGGAUUUGUUUUCAUUCCAAGGUCUUUGGAAAAGACACAAAGAUCUCUAUUCCAGCUUUCUCAGUAACCCUUAUAAAGAAAACCAAAACCGCUCUACUGGUGCCAAACGCCCUGAUUAUAGCGACGGUCACAGACAGGUACAUAUUUGUCUCCUUACUGUCCAGAGAUUCAACUUACAAACUAUUAAAAUCUGUGUGUGGACACUUAGAAAAUACAAGUGUUGGUAACAGUCCCAAUCCAUCUUCUGCUGAAAACAGUUUCCGGGCAGACCGACCUUCAUCUCUGCCUCUAGACUUCAAUGAUGAAUUCUCAGACCUGGAUGGAGUGGUUCAACAAAGAAGGCAAGACAUGGAAGGAUACAGCAGUUCUGGUUCUCAGACUCCUGAAUCUGAGAACUCUCGAGAUUUCCAUGUGACAGAAUCCCAGACAGUUCUGAAUGUCUCCAAGGGAGAAGCAAAACCAACUCGGGCAGAUGCCCAUGUGAACAGAGUGCCUGAAGGAAAAGCCAAGAGUCUCCCUGUACAUGGUCAGUCAGAAACCAUUGAAAUCUCACAUAAAGUCAAGUCUCAGAAAUGUCCAACUCUCCACCAUAUUCUUAUAUUCUACGCAGUUGUUGUCUGUGCACUAAUCAUCUCGACCUUCUACAUGAGAUACAGAAUUAACACUCUGGAGGAGAGGCUGGGGUCACUAACCUCCAUUGUGGACACCCAUAAUACUGAGCAGACAGCGCCAUCCAGCCUGGGGUCACAAGUACAAUUAAAUGUGGAGAUCCUCUGCCAAGAGCUUACAGCUAAUAUAAUGAAAUUAGAAAAGAUACAAAACAACUUACAAAAGCUGCUUGAGAAUGGUGACUGACCGACCAGAUUGCUCGGGCCAACGUCAUACCUCACGUUUCCCUUUGAAGAAGGUGCUCCCCGAGGCACCCUGGUAGAGCGCCCCCUGCUGGUCAGAGGCGCGAGCGGAUGAGAACCCAGACAAGUUUGCACUUGGAGGUCUCCAGCUCAGGAAAGAGGGGAAGGGGAAUACUUUUGGUUCUUGUGCAAUAAUGGUUGACCUUGACUCUCUGAGAAAGUUUUUGCUGCUGCUGCCUGAAGUCAACAGACCCAUUUCUGGAGGUUUCAGGAGGGGCCUGGCGGACGCUCUUGGAUGACUGUGGUUCUGCGGUUAUCGUGAUGAUGUCAGCAAACACUCCGUUCCACACCUUUUCAGUCUUGCCCACCCUCCUUUUCCUGCCUUACACCCCUUUUAACCAGCCUUUAAGCUAAGGGAUAUAUCACAAAACUAACGAACUCAAAUGGUCAUUUAAAGAAUUAGCCAUGAGUCUUCAAAAAAGCAAUAAAUGGUUCUAAAUGGACAGGCUUGCUUCAAACAAAUAACACCUACAUUUUGUCGCCCCCCCCCCCCCCCCACUGUUAUGUUCUGGUUUAAAUUAUCUGCAUAUCUCAGUUCAAUUUCGACAAGAAUAUCAGGCAAAGUAGAAGAAACCACCCCGUUUAUGUUUCGCUUUGUUUUGUUUUGAUCCUGUAAUCGAUACAUAAUUGGAGUGAUUCUAACCCACCUCAGGUCAAGAAUCUGUGAGGCAUGGGACUGAAGUACUAAAUUAAACUUACCUUAAAACCAAAACUAAUCUUUAAACCAAAAGGCGUAAUAGUGAUUUAAUACAGGAUGAAAAACAGUGAAUUUUUAAGAUUAUAGGUGGACUGUGUUAGCAGUUUGGAACAGGAUGUCUGUAUUGAAUGCUGAACCCCAGUUCAGCAUGACAAUAUUAUGUUUUUCUCCUUUGCUGACUAAAUUAAAUAACUGGUGGUUUGUUAACUUUAUUUACCAUAUGGGUUGGUUGGUUUUUAUUAAUAAUUAUUUAGGGUACCAUAAGAACGAUAAGUAUAAAAGAUAUUCUGUUUCUAUCUGUAAUGCAUUUUAUAAUCAUUUCUAUGAAAUGUAUUUUGUUUAAUCAGAUAAGCUAAUAAGUAAAUUGGUUACAUCGUUUGUAUUUGUUAGCCCACUGGACAACACCUGUGCCUGGUGCACCACUGGCUUUUAAUAAAUACUAAUUGGUUAAAAUACCCUGCUAA